AUGGUGCAUUUAAGAAAAUUAAAGCAGAAAGUGGUGGUUGCAAUGCAUCUGCAGUAUUUGCUAGUGCGCUUUCAAGCGGUUCUCAGACUUUACAAUAUUUAUAUCAGCGUGAGAAGACGGCAUCGUACGACAUUCACGCAAGAGCAGCUAGCGGAAUUAGAUGCCGCUUUUCAGAAAUCUCAUUAUCCAGAUAUUUACGUCCGUGAAGAACUUGCUAGGAUUACAAAAUUGAAUGAAGCACGAAUUCAGGUAUGGUUUCAAAAUAGGCGGGCAAAGCAUCGAAAACAAGAAAAACAAUUAUCCAAAGCUUUGGUACAACAAGCAGUUUUUCCAUCACAAAGUGCCGCGGGACAAAUUAUGCGAACACCAAUGUAUCCCCCCACUGCUGCUAUGUCAGCCCGAGCUGCCGCGGAUCCAUUCUGGUACCAGCCAUAUCCGGUCGCUCAUCCAAUGGCUUAUCCAACAGCCUCGGCUUAUGGUACUGUAUCAACUGCACAUACGUUCGGCACGCCAAUGGCUACGUACGUAGAAUCAUUAUAUUUUACAUAA